AUUGUUAGAUAUAAGAGUAUGUCCUUCAAAGUUGUGUUCAAACAAGAAAAUUAGGAGUAUAAAUUCUAACAGACUAACCACAAUAACACAAGCCGAUGAACUACUUGAAAAAGGCAUAAUCACAAAAAGCGAAUCAAGCAAAUCCUUCUUCAAACAUACCAGAAGCAGGAAAACUAUCAAAAGAUUUGUAGAGGCAGUAGAGGAAUGAACUAGAUGAUUUGUGUUGUAGAGCUAGUAUACAAGUAACACUCAGAGGCGAUAAAACCAUCACUAAAUUUUUUGAAUCUGUGUUCAGUGAAGCCUAGGUUCUUUGCUGGAACCUAAAGCAUCCAUCUCAAAUUUUCAGAGGAGGAAGUUAUAAAGGAAUUAGAUAUGCAUCUGGAUUACCCAUGGAAGAGUUCUAUUUCUGUUCUUAAAAAAUGAUCCAGGAGUCAUCUGGGGAACUGCCUUAGCCCAGUUAUCCCUUUUAGGAGAACUGGAGAAAAAAUGUUGUAUUUAUGUACAUGUAUGUGACACAUCUGCUGGACAAAUGUAUUUAUCCAUGUGUCCACCAAAGCUGCUAUACUGGUGAUGAGUCACAUAACUUUCCUGAAAGGAAAUCAUGCCAUGUCUAUUUUUUAAAAGACUCUAGAAACUCAUGGAUGAAUGAGUGUGAUUUCUGUGGGUUUCCGGAGCACAUUCAGCAAGCAUAUUCCUUUUUAAAGGUUUCUAGAAAAAGUUAAUGGACACGGUAUAGGAGUGAAGGUCUUCAUAUGGAUGAGUAUGUUCUGUCAAAAUCUUUUAACAACUAUUUUUCUCAAUAGAGGAGGGUUACCAGUGGGAUUGUGGGAAUCCUUCUUGGCACCUGCAACACUCAGUGUGUUUGUGAAUGUGCUGGGAAAGGGAGAGAACAGUAAGGCAACAGGGUUUGAUGCUUAUGCUGAGCUGUUCAAGGUUGUAGAAAUGAAGGCUAGUUAGGAGGAGUUACAGAAGGUCUCAACAGAAGAACUAACUGAUUGAAUAGCAAGUAAAGUUCAGGGCAAAUAAAUGGAAAAUGUUCUGUGCAAAUGAGGAGAAGAAACAAUCUAAACUUUCUUUAUGCAGUGAAGCGUGCUGAUUCACUGUUAAGUGUUCAGGAACUGUAUUGUGGACAUCUAAUUGACAGAACUUUGAAAACCUCAAGGUAAUGAUAAGCAACAGUCCAAAGGUGACUCAAAAGACCAAGAAUUAUGAAGAAAGGAAAAAUGAAAAACAUCAUUAGGUCACUGUAGCCAUCCACCACUGAUGGCAUCUCCAUCUCCAAAAUAUGGUAUAUCCACAUCUUGAAUUCUAGGCAUGGUUCUUGUUUGUCUGACACUCUCCUUUAGCUCUGUGCUCCUAGAUACUGAAACCAGAAAAGGUACAGAAAGAGACAACAAUGAUGGUCAGAGCUGUGGAAUUGCAUUUGAACAAGAAGCUACUAAAUACAUCAUGGCUGUUCAGCCUAGAGUGUAGAAAUAAAAAGAGGUCUGUAGAAUCUUCACAGGCUUAUAGAAAACAAAUAGGAAAUAACAGCUCACUGUCUCUUCUAAUUCAUGGAUGGGAGACAUCAAAUGACACUGGAACAUGACAGAAUCGAAGCAGAAGAUGGUUCUUCACACAACAUGCAAUUAAGCUAUUGAAUUCUUUGUCAUAGUAACACCUAUCGCAUGAUUGAACAAGAUGACUUUGACAUUCAUACAAGAUUGCACACUAUUGUGAGAGGUGAAGAUGAGGCAGCCAUGGUGGAGUCAGUGGGCCUUGCAUUGGUGAAGUUACCAGAUGUUCUGAAUCGCUUGAAACCUGACAUAAUGAUAGUACACGGUGACAGAUUUGAUGCUUUGGCACUGGCCACCUCUGCAGCCCUGAUGAAUAUCCGAAUUCUUCACAUUGAAGGUGGGGAAGUCAGUGGGACCAUAGACGAUUCUAUCAGACAUGCAAUUACCAAACUGGCCCAUUACCAUGUAUGCUGCACGAGGAGUGCAGAGCAGCAUUUGAUAGCCAUGUGUGAAGACCAUGAUCGCAUCCUUUUAGCGGGAUGCCCCUCAUAUGACAAGCUUCUGUCUGCCAAAAAUAAGGACUACAUGAGUAUUAUACGCAUGUGGCUAGGUGAAGAUGUUAAACCCAGAGAUUAUAUAGUUGCUCUGCAGCAUCCUGUAACCACAGAUAUUAAACAUUCCAUAAAGAUGUUUGAGCUGACGCUAGACGCACUCAUCUCCUUCAACAAGAGAACGCUUGUUCUAUUCCCCAAUGUGGAUGCAGGAAGCAAAGAGAUGGUUCGGGUGAUGAGGAAGAAGGGCAUUGAACACCAUCCCAAUUUUCGGGCAGUAAAACAUGUUCCAUUUGACCAGUUCAUUCAGCUAGUGGCGCACGCUGGUUGUAUGAUUGGUAACAGCAGCUGUGGUGUCAGAGAAGUGGGAGCAUUUGGUACACCUGUCAUCAACUUGGGGACACGUCAGACAGGAAGAGAAACAGGUGAAAAUGUUCUUCAUGUUCGUGAUGCUGACACACAGGAUAAGAUUCUGCAUGCUCUACAGCUUCAGUUUGGUAAACAAUAUCCAUGCUCAAAAAUAUAUGGAGAUGGUAAUGCUGUUCCAAGGAUUCUGAAGUUCCUCAAAUCUAUUGACCUUGAGGAGCCACUGCAAAAGAAAUUCUGUUUUCCUCCUGUCAAAGAUAAUAUCUCUCAAGAUAUUGAUCAUAUUCUAGAGACACAGAGUGCCCUGGCAGUGGAUCUAGGUGGAACAAAUCUCCGAGUUGCAAUUGUCAGUAUGAAGGGUGAAAUAGUUAAGAAGUAUACUCAGCUCAACCCUAAGACAUAUGAAGACAGACUGGAAUUAAUUCUGAAGAUGUGUGUAGAGGCUGCAUCGGAGGCAGUAAACCUGAACUGCAGAAUUUUGGGAGUGGGUAUUUCCACAGGUGGACGAGUAAAUCCCCGAGAAGGAGUUGUGCUUCACUCCACCAAGCUCAUUCAAGAGUGGAGCUGUGUGGAUCUCAGAACCCCAAUAUCUGAUGCUCUGCACCUGCCAGUCUGGGUGGACAAUGAUGGAAACUGUGCUGCUUUGGCAGAGAGGAAAUUUGGUCAUGGAAAAGGAGUAGAAAAUUUUGUAACACUGAUCACUGGUACAGGAAUUGGAGGUGGAAUCAUUCAUCAACAUGAACUGAUCCAUGGCAGCUCUUUCUGUGCUGCUGAACUUGGGCAUAUUGUCGUGUCUUUAGAUGGACCAGAGUGUCUCUGUGGUAGCCAAGGAUGUAUAGAAGCAUAUGCCUCUGGAAUAGCCUUACAGAGAGAAGCUAAGAAACUGCAUGAUGAGGAUCUUCUUUUAGUAGAAGGAAUGUCUAUGAAGAACGAGGAGGUUGUUAGUGCUGCACAUCUCAUUCAAGCAGCUAAACUUGGGAAUGCAAGAGCAGACAGCAUUCUCAGAACAGCUGGGAUGGCAUUAGGCCUUGGAGUGGUGAACAUUCUGCACACCAUGAACCCCUCUCUUGUGAUCCUGUCUGGAGUUCUAGCCAGCCACUAUGUAAAUGCUGUGAAAGACAUGAUACAUCGACAAGCUUUGUCAUCUGCUAAAACUGUGGAUGUGGUGGUCUCAAAUCUAGCAGAUCCUGCUCUUCUUGGAGCUGCUAGCCUGGUACUGGAUUAUACUACACGUAGAACGUAUUAGGUACCAGUAACAAUGAUACAAAUGGACUCUUCAAAUUCCUAAUGAGUGGCGGGAGUACUGUGCCCAAUUCUUUUUCCUUUGACCAGAGCAGCUACUGAAUCAGAGUAAGGUUCUGAAUAGUUAGUGACUACUUCAGCAAUUCCUAAUUGAGAUUGUAUCUUUAUUUUUUCUAAAUUUUGUCCAUGUUCAUCAGAACUGAUGUGCAAUUGUUUGUUUUUAAUCACCUAUCUGGGCAAGCCCAAAUAUUGCUUCGAGUGUAGUUGAAUUAUUUAUGAACCUAUCUUCAUGUAUGCUGGGAAACAGAUUGGGGGGGUGGUAUGUCAAAUUAGAGCUAAUGCUUCAGGUCCUACAUCCUAUUUCUCACCUAUGUGAAAUGAAAAAUCUAAAAUUUGACUAGCUUUUCCAUUUCUAAGUUUCCACUCUCAAGUAACUAUGUAAUCACAAACAGUAGAUGAUAGUAGAUUCAGCGGGUGGAAAGAAGAGAGCCAUUGCUUCUACAAAAAGGUUGCAUCUAAAAAUUGUGGUUCAUAAAUAACUUGGAGUUAUUUUUUACAGCAACUUUAGAGGGCUAAGGCCCAUUUUAGAAGCGUACAUAAGAAGGAAAGACUAUCUAUGAUCUUCUGAGUUUACGGAUAGCCAGAGCUGUCCAAAUAAACUGACAGGUACAGCAGGGAACAUCUUUUUCUUAGAGGUAUGGCCAACAAUAAAUUAUUUGAAUUUUA